AUGCCUCCCAAGUCAGCGCCAGUUCCUCCUCCAACCGCAUUUAAGAAGAGGCUUACAGAAGAACAAAGAGCCGGCGGGCUGGACGACUGGCCCAUCCUGGCCCGGCUGCUCGCCAGGAAGCGGCCUAUCACGGCCAUUUUUCUCCUGUCUGGGCUCUGCCAUGUGGCUGAUACAGGCGGCCUCCGCUUGUGGAGGCUCCACGGCUAA